AUGCUGCAGCUCCUGCUCCUUGCCGCCUUCGCCCUCUGUGGACGCUGCUCUGAGCAGGAUCUCGAUGGGCUGCAGCGGGUGGUCGGUGGCACCGAGGCGCGCUCGCACGCCUGGCCCUCCCAGAUCUCCCUGCAGUACUACUCUGGUGGCAGCUGGCACCACACCUGCGGAGGGUCCCUUAUCCAGAGGAACUGGGUGAUGACAGCAGCCCACUGUGUGGAUCGCAACCUGAACUUCCGUGUCGUGGCUGGGGAGCACCACCUCAACACAAACGAUGGCAGCGAGCAGGUCUUCAGCGUCAGCAAGAUCAUCAUCCACCCCUACUGGAACAGCAACAACGUUGCUGCAGGCUACGACAUCGCCCUGCUCCGCCUGGGCAGCUACGCUACCAUCAACCAGUAUGUGCAGCUGGCCAAACUGCCCCAGUCGGGAUACAUCCUGCCCAACAACUACCCCUGCUACAUCACGGGCUGGGGGCUCACCCGCAGCAACGGGCAGCUCUCCAACGUGCUGCUGCAGGCCUACCUGCCCGUAGUUGACUACCAGAUCUGCUCCAGCUCCUCCUACUGGGGCUCCACCGUCAAGAGCACCAUGGUCUGCGCCGGCGGGGACGGCGUUCGCUCCGGCUGCCAGGGUGACUCCGGCGGCCCCCUGCACUGCGCUGUGAACGGCCAGUACCAGGUCCACGGUGUCACCAGCUUCGUGUCCAGCCAGGGCUGCAACGUCCUGCGCAAACCUACCGUCUUCACCCGCGUCUCUGCCUACAUCUCCUGGAUCCAGAGCAGCUCCCUGCUGAGGUCUCUUCUGAUCAAGAACUUUAUCAGUGAUCUGGGGGAGGGGACCCAGUGUUCUUACAGAAGGUGCAUUGACCAGAAGUUCAAGCGGUGCCCGCCCCUGCCCAGCACCAGCGUCGUCAUCGUCUUCCACAACGAAGCUUGGUCGACGCUGCUGCGGACGGUGUACAGCGUCCUGCACACCUCCCCGGCCCUGCUGCUGAAGGAGAUCAUCCUGGUGGACGAUGCCAGCACGGAUGAGCACCUGCAGGCCGAGCUGGAUCGCUACGUGGAGCAGCUGCAGAUCGUGCGAGUCGUGCGGCAGGCGGAGCGCAAGGGGCUGAUCACAGCGCGGCUGCUGGGGGCCAGCGUGGCCAGUGGGGAGGUUCUGACCUUCCUGGAUGCCCACUGCGAGUGUUUCCACGGCUGGCUGGAGCCCCUCUUGUCCCGCAUCGCCGAGGAGCCCACAGCCGUGGUCAGCCCUGACAUUGCCACCGUCGACCUCCACACCUUCGAGUUCUCCAGGCCGGUGCAGCAGGGCAAGCAGCACAGCCGGGGCAACUUCGACUGGAGCCUGACCUUCGGCUGGGAGCUCGUCCCGCCCCGCGAGAGACAGCGCAGGAGGGACGAGACCUUCCCCAUCAAGUGA